UCUUACUAUAGAUUCGCAAUGUAUAGGAUAAUACUAUUGACGUUUUUGAUAACUGCCCAGAAAUCGAAUGGGGCAAGAAUUCUUGGAGUGUUCCCCGCGGCAUCUAUAAGUCAUCAAGUAGUGUUUCGACCUUUGACUCAAGAAUUGGCUAGAAUUGGCCACGAAGUAACCGUCAUUACAACAGACCCAGCAUUUAAUGACCACAAUCGCCCAGAAAAUUUGACGGAAAUAGAUGUCCACGAUGUUUCAUACAAUAUGUGGCUACAAAGAAUAAAAGACACACGUAUGGAAUUUGGUGAUAAAUCUGGUGUAUUCAAAGUAGCAGAAGAAAUGGCAACCUUUUUUGGUACGAUCAUAGAAGAACAAUUAAAGACUGAUGGAGUACAAAAACUCAUUAAUGAUAAAAGUAAAAAAUAUGAUUUAAUUAUAAUUGAAGCUUGUGCAAGACCAGCUAUUAUGUUCUCUCAUUUAUAUAAAGCACCGGUUAUUGCAAUAAGUUCAUUUGGAAUGGCUUUUGGAGGUGAAGAUCUCGUUGGGGCACCUUCUCAUCCUAUUUUGUAUCCAAAUAUGAUGCAUCAAAGACUACACAAUUUGACGUUUUGGGAGAAAUUUAAUGAAUUCUAUAAGCAUUAUUGGAUCCUCAAUAUGUGGGAAUCGACUGAAAAUAAGGAAUUCGAUUUGUUAAAGAAAUACUUUGGUGGCGAUGAUGUACCCUCCUAUAAAGAAUUAUAUAAAAAUGUGGAUAUGAUGUUCUUAAAUAUUCACCCGAUGUGGAGUCAUAAUCAACCUCUUCCACCAAAUGUUAUUUCAAUUUGGGGAAUUCAUAAGAACCCUCAGAAAUCUCUACCGCAAGACCUCAAAGCUUACUUAGAUUCUUCGAAGAAUGGCGUCAUAUAUAUUAGUUUCGGAUCAAAUGCUCGUUCAUCAAUGCUGCCACCGGAGAAAAUAAAAAUUUUGAUCAACGUAUUUUCUAAACUGCCCUACAAUGUACUAUGGAAAUGGGAGACGGAUGUACUUCCCGGAAAAUCGGAAAACAUUAAAAUAGCAAAAUGGUUACCACAAUCAGAUCUGCUACGUCAUCCAAAUAUUAAGUUAUUUAUCACACAGGGAGGACUUCAGUCGAUGGAUGAAGCUAUGAAUGCCGGUGUACCACUUAUAGGAAUACCAAUGCUUGGAGACCAGUGGUAUAAUGUUGAGUCAUUUGAGUAUCAUAAAAUUGGAGUCCAAAUUGACUUUGAUACUAUCACUGAAGAGCAAUUAACGAAAGCUAUUGGAACAGUCAUAAAUGAUAAGAGCUACAAAGAGAACAUCAUAAGACUCAAUAGGCUUAUGAAUGAUCAAUCCCAGAGUGCUUUAGAUCGUGCUGUUUGGUGGACAGAGUACGUAUUGAGACAUGGUGGAGCGAAACAUCUUCGAGCCGCUGGAGCUAAUAUUUCCUCCUUUGAAUAUUAUGAGAUAGAAUUUUUAUUAAAACUAGUUUCAUUGGUGUUUUCAAUUGCUGCGAUUAUUUUGUAUUUAAUGUAUAGACUAUUCAGAAUCGUUGUACCAAGUAACUUACCUUCAAGCAAAUCGAAAACAUCACUGGUAGCUUUGUAUACGAUGAUUAAAUCAACAGUUUUAUUAAAUAUUAUAUUUUUACUUUCUCAAAUAAAUGCAGCAAGAAUUUUGGCGAUUUUUCCCACGCCAUCUAUUAGUCAUCAAGUUGUAUUUCGACCGCUCACACAAGAAUUAGCCCGAAGGGGUCACGAAGUUACAGUUAUCACAGCAGACCCAGUAUUUACUAAGGAUAAUAGACCAAAAAACUUAACUGAAAUUGAUGUACAUGAUAUUUCAUACCGUGCUUGGAGAGAUGGGAUCGAUGAACGUGACACAGGUUUUGGUAAAAGAAACGGUGUUUUUCAAAUAGUCAAGAAUAUUGAAGAGUUUCUUCAAGAAAUACUCGAAUUACAAGUCAAUACGGAAGAAAUACACGCUUUGCUUAACGAUGAUAGUAAAUUUGAUUUGCUAAUUAUCGAGGCAUGUGUACGUCCAGCAUUAAUGUUUUCUCAUAAAUUUAAAGUACCUGUUAUCCAGAUAAGUUCAUUUGGCUUCAUGUUAGGAAAUGACGAAGUUAUUGGUGCUCUUACACAUCCAAUAUUGUUCCCAAUAAUUAUGCGCCAAAGGGUAUUCAAUCUCACGUUUUGGGAAAAGUUAUACGAAUUGUACUUGCAUUAUUGGAUUGCAUAUCAUUGGCAUAUGAGUGAAACCAGGGAACAUGAAGCACUAAGUAAAUACUUUGGUAAUAACGUACCUUCUUAUAAAGAGCUAAAUAACAAUAUAGAUAUGAUAUUUUUGAAUAUUCAUCCUAUAUGGACAAACAAUCAACCACUUCCACCCAAUGUUAUUUCAAUUUGGGGAAUUCAUAAGAAUCAAGAAAAGCCCUUACCUCAGGCCAUCCAAGAGUACAUGGACUCUUCCAAAAAUGGUGUUAUAUACUUUAGUUUGGGAUCAAAUGCUCAGUCGACAAUGUUACAUUUGGAUACAAUAAACAUGUUAAUCGACGUAUUCUCAAAAUUGCCAUUCAAUAUUUUGUGGAAAUGGGAAAAAGAUGAGCUACCUGGUAUAUCGAAAAAUAUUAAAAUAUCAAAAUGGUUACCUCAAACAGAUCUCUUGCGUCAUCCAAAUUUGAAGCUAUUUAUAACCCAAGGAGGUCUACAGUCUACCGAUGAAGCUAUCAACUCUGGGGUACCACUCAUUGGGAUACCGAUGCUGGCUGAUCAGUGGUACAAUGUGGAGUUUUACGAACACCUCAAAAUUGGCGUUGGUCUCGAUAUAGAAACAAUAACGAGAGAAAAACUAUUAAAAGCGAUCGAAACAGUCAUCAGUGACAAAAGCUAUAAAGAAAAUAUACUUAAGCUUCGAAAUAUUUUAAAUGAUCAACCACAGAGUGCAUUGGAUCGCGCGGUAUGGUGGACGGAAUAUGUUCUGCGAUAUGGUGGUGCAAAGCAUCUUCGAGCCGCGAGUGCUAAUUUGACCUGGUUUGAGUUCUAUGAAGUGGAAUUCAUACUCAAGCUUCUAAUGCUUAUCUGCGCGACUUUAUUAGUAUUGAUAAUAACAAGCCACCUUGUUUAUAGACGUCUGCGAUGUUUUAUGUAUUCACAUAAAGUCGAGUCGAUAGACAAAAAACAAUUGUUAAUUUUCAUUUUAAAUAGAACUGUCAUAAUGUUCAGUCAACUCUUUGUUUGUUCUUUGUGUAUAAUAACAGUAUGUGAAUCGGCAAGAAUAUUAGCUAUUUUUCCGACGCCAUCUGUGAGCCACCAGGUAGUAUUUCGGCCCCUUACUCAGGAGCUAGCCAGGCGUGGCCAUCAGGUUACAGUAUUGACGGCGGACCCAGUUUUUAAAAAUGGAACCACUGAAAAUUUAACGGAAAUAGAUGUUCAUGAUAUUUCCUAUAAAUUAUGGAGAGACAACUUUGUGUAUAAGCUAGAGUUUGGACAAAAAAAUACUCUUUAUCCUCAGAUUGAGGCGGCUGUGAAUUUAAUACGUAAACUAACUGUGAUGCACCUGAAACAUGAAAAAAUUCAAAAAUUGAUGUCGGAUCCUACACAAUUUGAUAUUCUAUUGGUGGAAGCGUGGACGAGGCCGUCUUUAGUAUAUUCCUAUAUAUUUAAGGCACCGGUUAUUUUAGUGAGCUCCUUUGGAAUGAUGAUGGGAAAUGAUGAGACUUUUGGAAUUCAAUCUCAUCCGAUUUUAUAUCCUUUUGCAGUUCAGCAGAGAUUAUAUAAUCUAACGUUUUGGGAGAAACUAGACGAAUUCUACAAAUAUUGGUGGUUUAAUAUGCUAUGGUAUAGUAAAGAAAAUGAGGAAAUUAAUGUUUUUCGUGAAGUUUUGGGUCCGGAUUUGCCUGAAUAUUCUGAAUUGAAAAAUAAUGUUGAUAUGUUAUUUUUGAAUAUUCACACAAUGUGGAUUGAUAAUCAACCUUUGCCAGCAAAUGUUAAAUCUAUUUGGGGUAUUCAUAAAAAACCUGAGAAAUCGUUACCAAAAGAUCUUGAGACAUAUCUGGACUCUUCGAAACAUGGCGUGAUCUACAUUAGCUUUGGAACUAAUGCUCCUUCGACAACUUUACCACAAGAAUUUAUACAAAAAUUAAUCAAAGUAUUUUCUACACUUCCCUAUGAUGUUUUGUGGAAGUGGGAAGCAGAUGAAAUGCCAGGAAAAUCGACUAAUAUUAAAAUAUCAAAAUGGCUUCCACAAUCAGACCUACUGAGGCAUAAAAAUGUUAAGCUGUUUGUCACUCAAGGCGGUCUCCAAUCAACGGAUGAAGCCAUAACUGCUGGGGUACCGCUCAUAGGUAUACCUAUGCUUGGAGAUCAAUGGUACAAUGUUGAGAAAUUUGAGAAACACAGAAUUGGUAUUCGACUUGAUAUGGAAACAAUAACUGAAGGUGUUUUUAGUGCAGCGAUUAAAACCAUAAUAAACGAUCCAAGUUUUAAAGAGAACAUUAUAAGACUUCGAAGCAUCAUGGCUGAUCAGCCUGUGAGUGCAUUAGAUCGAGCAGUUUGGUGGACGGAAUACGUUUUAAGACAUAAGGGAGCGAAACAUCUGCGAGCGGCCGGGGCAAAUAUGUCCAGGAUGCAAUAUUAUGAAAUCGAAUUUAUAUUUAAAUUAUUUAUGAUGAUUGUAAUUAGUUUUAUCAUUAUGAUAGGACCGUUGUAUCUGUGUAUGCGAAAAGUUGUAUUUUCCAAGAAAGUUAAAAUUGCAUAGUACAAUUAUACGUAAUUACAUAUAAAUAUUAAAUAAUAGUAUAAUAGAUAACAUAUAUAUUAC